AUGGGGUUUUGCAUAAUUCUAGCGUUAGUUUCAAUAUUAAUUGAUUAUGCUUUCGCGGAACCCGCUAUCGACUUCACCCAAUUUUUCGGCUACAAUUACGGCAAUCCACAGCUGCAAUCAAGCUACGACUACAUAAUUGUUGGAGCCGGCCCUGCCGGUUCAGUACUAGCAAAUCGCUUAUCUGAACACCCCGAGGUCACCGUGCUUCUACUGGAGGCUGGUAAAAGUGAGCUACCCUUGAUCACCAAUCUGCCAAUUGUGGCAGUCCCCCUGCAGGCCACGGAGUACAAUUUCGGGUACGAGAGUGAAGUGCAAAAGUACGGCUGUCAUGGUUUGCGCGACAGGAAGUGCAACUGGCCGCACGGGAAGGGCGUCGGGGGUUCUACAAUCAUCAACUCGAUGAUCUACACGCGGGGAGGUCACCGAGACUACGACGACUGGGCCAGGGCUGGUAAUCCAGGCUGGAGCUGGGCCGAGAUGCUGCCGUAUCACAUCAAGGCAGAACGGGCGAAUUUACGGGACUUUGGCGGCAACGGAUUUCAUGGAGUCAAUGGUUCGUUGUCGGUUGAAGACUGUUCGUUUAGAUCAAAUAUUGCUCCGGUUUUCGUUCGCGCUGCUCAACAGGCUGGUUAUCGGUAUCUGGAUUACAACGCCGGUGAACUCAUCGGCGUUUCGUACCUGCAGUCUAACACAGAUCGAGGUGCUCGGGUCACCAGCGGUACGGCAUACCUCGUUCCGGUUGUAUCUCGCAAGAAUCUCCACGUACUGACCAAGUCUUGGGUUACAAAAGUAUUGAUUAAUCAUGAUUCUAAACAAGCCAAAGGAGUGAAGUUCACGAGAAACAGGAAGGUAUUCUCGGUGAAGGCCAAUCGAGAGGUCAUUCUAUCAGCCGGUGCUUUCGAAAGUGCAAAACUUCUCAUGCUUUCCGGUGUGGGACCUGCUAACCACUUGACUAGCUUGGAAAUACCGGUCAUCAUGGAUCUCCCAGUGGGUGAGCUACUGUACGAACACCCAGCUGUGUUUGGUCCCGUAUAUCUUCUCCAAAAACCUACGGACAGCUAUGUUCAACUGGACGAUAACCUCAAACUGAGAAACUAUCUUGAGUACUUAAGAGGCCAAGGAGUUUUCACAACCAACACCGUCGAAAGUCUUUUGUACGUCAAAACUCCCGUAGCGGAAAGUUCCGAUCCAGGAGUUCCGGAUAUCGAAAUCAUGCAAACUUUUACCUCCAUGGAUUACGACUCCAGCCCUGCAUCAAAAUUAGCUUUCAGACUCACAAACGAAACUUACGACGGCUACUUCCGUCCGAUUCGCAACAUACGAUCGUUCCAGUAUGUGCCAAUAUUGCUCAAAUCUAGAACUAAGGGAAAGCUGCGUUUGAAGUCACGCAAUCCCUUCCAUCACCCCCGGUUUGAGUAUCAAUACUUUGAGGACGAUCGCGACCUGGAUGCGUUGGCGUAUGGAAUUGAGGAAGCGAUUCGAGUGACCUCGCAGCCAGCAUUUCGUGAACUUGGCGUUGAGUUGUACUCCCAAAAUGUACCAGGCUGCGAGGAGUUCGAAUUCAACACCCACGAGUAUUGGCGAUGCCACGUGCGCGUUCUGACCGCAACUGUUCAUCAUCAGGUCGCCACCUGCAAAAUGGGUCCUCCAACGGAUCCGGAAGCUGUUGUGGAUGCCCGGCUGCGAGUGUACGGUGUGGGGCGACUUCGUGUGGUAGACAUUGGGAUCGUGCCGGAACCUCCGGCGGCCCAUACGGCCGCGGUUGCUUACGGCAUAGGAGAAAGAGCCGCAGACAUGAUCAAGGAAGAUUACCGAACGGGGAUCACUGGUAUACAAAUUGAUAAAAUUGUCUGACAAGUUAUUUCAUAUUAUAGGCUAAUUGACUCAUUACACCGAUCAGCACAAUUUCUGCGCAGACUCAACUCUAGGGGAAGCAUGA